CGGGCGUUCAAGGUAGCUGACAGGGCCGCAGCGGCUCGCCCCUCCCUUUCUCGGAACGUGGUUGGGCAGCUGCAGCUAGCCCACGCCGCGGUGAGAAGAGGGCUGGGGGCGGGAGAUGCCGGCGUUGUGCUCUCUGCUCGGCCCUCUGCGAGCACCGGCAGCCGUCUCCUCGCAGCCCCGGCUGCAGACCUAGCAGGUUCCCUCGUACUCUACCGAAAGUGAUAUUCAGCUUUGGUUAAGCGAUUGCCGUGUGCCGGAUGUGAUUGGAGCCAAAGGACUCUCCUGAUAUUGCCGCUUCACAGAUGAUAAAGUGAAGCGGAAGACGUUAAGUUUCAGGUUCAAGUUGAUUUAGUUGGAGGUGAAAGGAGAGAGAAAAUGGAUUCUCAGUUUUCAGCAGAGAACUCAACCCUUGCCAUUAACGAGACUCUGUCUGCAACAGCAGCUCAUGGAUUCAAUUCCACCAAUGACCCACCUUCGAUGUCAAUCACAAGGCUUUUCCCAGCCUUGCUGGAGUGCUUUGGCAUAGUCCUUUGUGGCUACAUAGCAGGGAGGGCCAAUGUCAUCACAUCGACACAGGCCAAAGGCCUGGGAAAUUUUGUCUCCAGAUUUGCCCUGCCCGCUUUACUAUUCAAAAAUAUGGUUGUACUUAAUUUUUCCAAUGUGGAUUGGGCUUUCCUCUAUAGUAUCUUAAUUGGCAAAGCCUCUGUGUUUUUCAUCGUAUGCAUAUUGACCUUAUUGGUUGCCAAUCCCGAGAGCCGCUUUAGCAAAGCUGGACUGUUCCCUAUUUUUGCUACACAAAGUAACGACUUUGCAUUGGGAUAUCCUAUAGUUGAAGCCCUGUAUCAAACUACAUACCCAGAAUAUCUCCAGUACAUUUAUUUGGUGGCACCAAUAUCUCUUAUGAUGUUAAACCCCAUAGGGUUUAUCUUCUGUGAAAUCCAGAAGUCAAAAGACACUCAGAAUGCUUCUCAAAAUAAAGUAAAAAUUGUGGGACUAGGAUUUCUACGCGUGUUACAGAACCCGAUCGUAUUCAUGGUCUUUGUCGGCAUUGCCUUCAAUUUUAUUCUUGAUAAAAAGAUCCCUGUAUAUAUGGAGAACUUUCUGGAUGGACUUGCCAAUUCCUUCUCUGGAUCGGCCCUGUUCUACCUUGGUCUGACAAUGGUGGGGAAGAUAAGGCGGCUGAAGAAGUCGGCGUUUGUGGUGCUGACCGUUCUCAUCACAGCCAAACUCCUGGUGCUGCCCCUUCUGUGCAGAGAGAUGGUGGAACUCCUGGACAAGGGAGACAGUGUAGUGAACCACACGAGUUUGUCGAAUUACGCCUUUCUCUACGGCGUCUUCCCCGUAGCCCCAGGCGUGGCUAUCUUUGCGACCCAGUUCAACAUGGAAGUAGAGAUUAUAACCUCAGGAAUGGUAAUAAGUACAUUUGUGUCUGCUCCAAUCAUGUAUGUUUCUGCCUGGCUAUUGACCUUUCCCACCAUGGAUGCCAAGCCGCUGGCAUACGCCAUUCAGAAUGUCAGUUUUGAUAUAAGUAUUAUCAGCCUGGUCUCCCUGAUCUGGUCCCUGGCUAUUCUUCUCCUGAGUAAGAAAUACAAGCAGCUUCCACAUAUGCUCACCACCAAUUUGCUCAUUGCUCAGUCUAUUGUUUGUGCUGGAAUGAUGAUAUGGAAUUUUGUUAAAGAAAAAAAUUUUGUUGGACAAAUUUUGGUGUUUGUUCUAUUGUACAGCUCCCUGUACAGCACCUAUCUGUGGACAGGCCUUCUAGCGAUUUCUUUGUUUCUUUUAAAAAAGCGGGAGAGCAUGCAGAUCCCUGUGGGACUCAUCAUAAUAUCCGGCUGGGGAAUCCCUGCCCUCCUUGUGGGUGUGCUUCUGAUAACUGGGAAACACAAUGGAGACAGCAUUGAUUCCGCCUUCUUUUAUGGAAAAGAGCAGAUGAUCACCACAGCGGUCACCCUGUUCUGCAGCAUUCUGAUAGCUGGUGUGUCACUCAUGUGCAUGAACCGUACCACCCAAGCUGGUCACUAUGAAGGUUUCGGCCAAUCUCAGGACCACAAGCCAGCAGAGCCUGGAAGCACUGCGUUUGAGGAGAGCCCAGCACCAACAAAUGAGCCAGAACUCUUCCCAGCUUCUCUCCCAGAAACAAGUUGCUGCUCUUGCUCCUUGGGAAAUGGAGACUUACGUUGCCCAUCAAUAGAGCCAGUAACAGACACAAGUGCCAGUGGGCCUAUGCCUUCUUCCUUCGAGAAAACGGACCACUGUGUGAGUCGCUGUGACUCCCAGAGCUGCAUCCUAGCCCAGGAGGAGGAGCAGUACCUGCAAACUGGAGACCCACAACUGACUCGCCACGUCCUGUUAUGUUUGCUUCUCAUCAUCGGCCUGUUUGCUAAUCUCUCCAGCUGUUUGUGGUGGCUGUUCAACCAUGAGACGGGGCGGCUCUAUGUUGAACUGCAGUUUUUCUGUGCCGUGUUUAACUUCGGCCAGGGAUUUAUUUCCUUCGGAAUCUUUGGGUUGGAUAAACAUUUAAUCAUCCUACCUUUCAAAAGAAGGCUUGAAUUCCUGUGGACCAAUAAGGAAGCAGCAGAAAACAGAGAGUCCCCUGUUUCUGAAGAAAUCAAAAUGACCUGUCAGCAGUUCGUCCAUUACCACCGUGACCUGUGCAUCCGAAACAUUGUCAGAGAGAGAAGGUGUGGUGCAAAGUCCUCUGCCGGGACCUUCUGUGGCUGUGACCUGGUGAACUGGCUAAUUGAAGUGGGCCUUGCCUCUGACCGCGGUGAAGCCGUGAUCUACGGAGACAGACUGGUGCAGGGGGGCGUCAUCCAACACAUCACCAACGAAUACGAGUUCCGGGAUGAGUAUUUGUUUUACAGGUUUCUUCAGAAGAGUCCUGAACAGAGUCCUCCUGCUGUGACCGUAAGCACCCCCCAACAGGAAAGCUAUAAAGAAAUCGGCCACUCGUCUCCAGCCUCACUUUCCCCUAAGACUUAAAUUACAAAGGCAAGAACCCCACGUGGACGCGUACCCUCUAGUCUCACACCUGGGACUUUUAGCUGUGGAAUCUGGGACAGGUUACCUUUCUGAGCCUCUGUCGUCUCCCCUGUAAGGGGCACAUGCAUUCCUACCGUGUCCUGACAUGCUAUGACCUCAUGUGCGGGGAAAAGCACAUAGGAAACCGGCCAGAGAAAGCCUGGAGUCAGUCGUUCUGAUAACGGGUGCAAUGAUCGCUUUAGGCACCACUGUUCUAAUACUUUAAAAUCUCUCCUUCUGCAAAUGUUCGCUAUAAUUUCAAAGUCAGUAUUCAACUGGCUGUUAUUUUUAAAUUGCCAAAUUUGGCAGGUUUGCUGCUCUAAAAAUGAACCUUAAGACAACUUCACAUUUAUCAACAACACUUCCCCCAAACAGAUUUUUAUUUGUUCUAGUAAGAGCUUUUAUUUUUCUUUCCACGUCUUUGACAAAUACUCCCAUUUGAAAAUUAAAACUACUGUUUUGUUUUUAAGAUAUGACCUCAUGAAGUCAGGCUGGCCUCGAAUUCCCUACGUCACCAAGGAUGGCUUUGAAUUCCUGAUCUUCCUGCCUCUGCCUCCUGAGUUCAGGGCCUCUUGGUGUGUGCACCAUGCCUGGCUAAUCCCACUAUUUUUUAAAGUAAUUUUUAAAUUUAGUUUUGAUAAAAUGCCAAUUUUAAAGCUUUGUCUUAUCUUGUCUUUUCUCUAAAGUACUAAUGUGUCCCAAUAAGAGAAGAGUAAGAACAUUAAUAUUAUCUCUAUAAUCUUUCAAGCUAAAAUUUUAAGCAAUCUGAGCAUUUUGAUUUAAAUGUUAUCAAAAGUAUUGCCAUAAUGCGUACUACUUCUGGGACUUUCAGAGUAUCCUGUUGUAGAAGGAAAAUCCGUUUUAUUCCUUGAACUGAAAAAGUGUAGUCAGAAAUUUAAAAUUCUAGCAUCCUACCUUUAGUCUUUAAUGUGUCCCUGUCUAAAAACACCAGAUGUUGCUUAGUCCACUAAAGCCUUUUUAAAAAAAAAAAAAUGACAUGAAUGAGAUAGCCCACAAGCAAGAGGAAGUCUUUCUUACAGUGAGAUAGCCCACAGGCAAGAGGAAAUCUUCCUUAUAGUAAGUAAGUAGUAAGUGUAAGUGCUAGAUCAAGGCGGCACACUCAGCAGGUUCACAGAUGGUGCCGCACCCACGAGAGGGAAGGGCUCUGGUCUCUUCACCCUUAGAAGGGCAAAUCCCAUUUCAACACCUCUUCUCUCAGGAGACACUCUUCUCCAGGGUCCCCACGCCAGAACAUAACACCUUCAGAUAAAGCUUUAUCUUCAGAUAAUUUGCACAGCCUUUGAACAACUACUUGAUUAAUAGAUAUCAGUGAUAGUUUAACUUAUUUUAAACAUUAUUUAUCUCAUAGUGUUUCAUAUACAAGAGCCACCUAGAAAAUUAUUUAUGGGGUUGGUGCCCUGACCCUUUUAAUGUAUAAUUAAAUAUACAUUAAUUAAGCAAAUGCAUAAUUAAAAAAAACUUGCAUGGAAGCCUAGUGUAUUUAAAAAGAAAUGAUACUUAGUUAUGUUAUGAUCAUGGAAAUAGGAUGUUUUAGGCAGAAAAACAUCACUCUAAAACUUAGGGGGAUAAAAGACACGGCCAACUGUAACUCCCCACGCCUAGGAGUGUGCAGAAACAUCUGCUCCAGCAGCCUCUGGUGACACCAGACAGAAUCCACACGCCCGCAAGCAACUCGAAUUCAAGUGCAGGAGUCUGUUUUGUUUGUGAGCGAACCGCAUUAGGUCUGCUCCUUUGUUUGCCCAGAUGGAGGGAUCUGAAACAUUAUUUUCCAUGGGAGGCUCUAAAAGAAAACCAUAGGUCAGAGUGAGUUGCUGUUUCAGAGGACGGAGGCCUUCAAGGGAUGUUUCUAGGACUAAUUCUAGGAUUGAGGAUAAGCUAAUUAUUAGAUGGACAUAUUUGUAUGUUCCCUUCUCACUGACAGCACGUUUCUCAAUAAAAUACUUAUUUUAACUGGCACUGUCACCAUCUUUUCCUUGGAUGAUCCAAAUAAUGCUGACCAUACCACCCAAGUCUUGUCUGUAAACUCUGGGUGCUUUCUGAGUGAGUUUCCUGGACUGUCUCAUGACCUUCUGGCUCUGCAGGGUUUGGAGCAAGCAGGCUGUCAGUAGACAUCUUUAUAAGUGGUCAGGAGAUGAGUGACACCGGAAGCAGAGUCCAAGAUCAUAGAGUGCUCUCCAGGAAAAGGUGGCCUUUACAUUCCUGCAGUUUUUUAUCGAGACAGGUCUCUCUGUGCAGCCCUGACUGUCCUGGAACUUGCUCUGUAGACCAGGCUGGCCUCGAACUCACAGUUCCCACUGCCUCAGCCUCCUGAGUGCUGGGAUUAAAGGUGUGGGCCAACAUUGCAAAAGUAUUUUGUAAAAUUCUGUUUAGAAUUAGUCAGGCGGUGGUGGCACAUGCCUUUAAUUCCAACACUCAAAAGGCAGAGUCAGGCAGAUCUCUUGAGUUCGAGUCCAGCCUGGACUACAGAGUGAGUUCCAAGACAACCAAGGCUAUACAGAGAAACUCUGUCUCAAAAAACCCAGCCAACCAAUACUUUUACAAAGAGAAACUCUGCUUCCAAACUUUCACUCUGUAUAAUUAUUUUUAAGGAAAUGUAUUAGAGAUUAAUAUAUAAGCUUAUAUUUUCAUCAAAGAUCAAAUAAGCCAAUUUUAUGUAAAAUAACUAAGUUUAUUAUUUUUACUCUUACAACAGAUGAAAUUUAAGAAAAUACUAAAAUUUCUAAUAUACACAAGGCAUUAAUUACCAACAUGAGCGCUCACAUCUCAAAUAUCCUGUUGUAUACAUACACAAUAACAAUCUCUAUACAUCAACUCACAUAGCCUUAUAAUCCUUGAAUUUUUCUAGGGUUCAAACUUAGGAGGCUACCAAGUUAUACAGAUAAAUAACUUUAAAUUUCUGUAGAAAGGUCUGUAUACAUUCUUUUCACCAGUAUUUGUUCCUUUAAUAAGUAUUAUAUAAUACCAAAGCAUCCAAACAUAAUAUUGAACAAUGGGCCUUCAUGGAACUUUUUCUGUGAAAUAAUUAAAUGUAUGAUUAAUUUGGAUUAAUUUUAAAUGUAUGAUUAAUAUAAUUAAUGUAUAAUUAAUUAAUAUAAUCCUAAGAAGCUCAUUUGCCAGCAAGCUCUAAAGAUGAAGAGAACUACUCACGGAAAUGGAAGGAGCAAGCAGAGGGAGCAGCCAUGGGGCAGGAAUGCGCAUGUAAGGACCUGAAAGACCACCAUCGUUGAAACAAAAAUCAAUAGCAAACGUGCAGUAAUAUAUAAAAAGGGCAGAUGUGUUAAGGAUUGAGGCUUUAUCCUAAGAACAACGAGCUUUAAGAGUUUUAGACUUGAGCGGUGGGAGGGGCUGGAGAGUGGAUCGUGGUUAA